AUGGCCCCCAAACAGCAGCAUGGCCGGCAGUAUGACGUGGUUGUCUUUGGAGCAUCAGGCUACACGGGCAAAUACACAGCCGAGCACAUUGCAACGCGCCUGCCGACGGACCUGAAAUGGGCAGUGGCCGGCAGGUCGCACAGCAAGCUGGAGCAGGUGGUGGCGCACUGCCGCAGUCUCAACGCGGACCGCCCACCGCCCGCCAUCGAGGUGUGCGACAUCGACGAUGGGCAGCUGGACGCCCUCGCCCGCAAGACGUUUGUGCUCAUCACGACGGUCGGGCCCUACGGCCAGCUGGGCGAGCAUGCCUUCCGCGCCUGCGCCGAGAACGGCACCCACUACCUCGACGUCACGGGCGAGGUCCCCUUUGUCGCCCGCAUGCUGGCCAAGUACGAGAAUGCCGCCAAAGCCAGCGGUGCCAUGAUGUUCCCGCAGAUCGGCAUCGAGUCGGCGCCGCCAGACCUGCUGACCUGGUCGCUGGCGGCGUUGAUCCGGUCCGAUCCCGCUUUUGAGUCCGCCCGGGGUGCAGUACGCGACGUGACUGUCUCGAUGCAUACCAUUAAGUCGGCCCCGUCAGGCGGCACCCUCACCACGGCCCUCAACCUGCUAGAGAACUUCUCCAUCUCUGAAGUACGCGCGGGUCAAAAGCCAUAUGCUCUAUCCCCUAUCCCCCACCCCUCCCCUUCUUCCGCCCCAACCCCGUCCCUACUCACCCGCGUCACCGGCCUCGUCACGGUCCCCACUCUGGGGCUGCUCACAAGCUCGAUCGCCGCUGGAACCGACCGGGCCCUUGUGCACCGGACGUGGGGCCUGCUGGAGACGAUCCCGUCCCGUCGGGGCCAGGCGUACGGCCCGCACUUCUCGUUCCGCGAGUACCUGCGCCCGCGCGGCUGGUACCAGGGCAUCGGCCUCCACCUGGGCCUGAUCCUGUUCAGCGUCGUCCUGGUCGUGCCGUUCCUGCGCAGGCUCGUCGCCGGCUACGUUUACGGCCCCGGCGAGGGCCCCGACACCGAGGUCGCCAAGCUGGACAAGCUCGAGUACCGCGGUGUUGCCCAUGCCGACUUUCCUGCUGAUGCUGGAGGCAACGGGAAGGGCCGGCCAGUAGCUUUUGGCCGCGUCUGGUUCAAUGGGAGCUUCUAUCACCUAACGGGCAUCUUCCUCGCCGAGGCGGCUGCCACCCUCUUUGAAGACGACGUCCAGCUCGGCGGCGGCGGCAUCUUCACGCCCGCGUGUCUCGGCCAGCCGUACAUUGACCGGCUGGACCGCGCAGGGUUCCAUUCCGAAACUAAGGUGCUAUCUGAGUAA